AUGCAGGGCACGCAGGAGAUCAAGCUGCCAGACAAUCCUUUCAACAAGAUUGAGGGCUUUGAAAGCCGAAUGCAGCCCGUUGAGACUCCUGCUGGGGAUGCACAGAAGUCAGAAACGGAGUGCACGAAGCUGAGAAGCUUGCUGAAAGAUUUGACGGCCAACUACGGAGAUGCCAACAAGUCCGUGGAGCAGUUGCAAAGCAACAUUGACAAGUUAGUCCUGGAGUACAACACUAUCAGCGAUGAGCACGCCAAGUACCAAGGCGACAACAGCUCUACGUCAUGGAGCAAUCUCAACCAGAAUAUGAAGCAUGCGACCCUGGUGUCAAGCCGGGCGACGGCCGUGGAGCUGCAGUUCAAGAAUGCUCUUUGCUCGCAAUGGCGCGGCCACGAAAGCCACCCCUAA